AUGACGCUGCCAUGGCACUCGGAGGCCGACAUGCCGUGCAGGAGGAGGAUCCUGCAGGAGCUCCUGAACUUCUUCACCCGCUGCCCGCAAGUGUCCCAGACGCCGGAGUGGCGGGACAGGUUCCCGGACUUCCUGCGGCGAUUGGAGCUCACGCUCUACCUGAACGCAGACUGCAGGGAGGAGUACGCGGACAGCAGCACGGUGGUGGACCGCCUGCGGGCGGUGACGCUCCACCUGCAGCGGCAGCGCGUGGAGCAGAUGCAGCGCGCCGGCCGCCUGGGCCCCGGACCGCACCGCGGGCCACGGGCGGCCUCCCGGGCCGUCGUCCGCCCCCCUGGGAGCGUGCACACGGACGUCGCCGCGCUGUCCGGCCGCCUGCGCGGCCUGCGCACGCGGUCCGGGGGGCCCGGGCUGGAUCCCGGGGUGCUGGCGGGCCCGGAGGGCCUGGAACAGCGGAUGCUCGGCGGCAUCGAGGCGUCCAGGGAUGACGCCGCGAGCGAGGGGCGGGAGGGGAGCAUGUCGUCCGGCUCCGGUGCUGUGUACGGGGUCGCGCCCCGCCCCAAGGCCGGCGGGUACGGGCCGCCCUCGAUGCUGGGCCCCGGGGGGGAGACCACGCCCCGGCGGAUGGUCGCCGGGCUGGCGCCCCAUGGCGGCGGCCUGGACUCGCGAGACCUCAGGCGCAGCGUGUCCAUGUCCGAGGCGUACUCUUACGGCUCCGGGAUCGAAGAGUCGGGGGCGCUCGGGUACGGCCACCCCUUUCCGGGGACCGGCAGGCGGACCGGGGACGGAUUGAACUUCGACGACGGCAUGAGUCACUUCGGGCCCGCCGAGCUGCGCUUCGUGCCCGGUGUGGACAUGGCCGGCGAGGCGAUGGACUCCGUCGACUGCGGGGGCCCGGUGCUGAUGGGGCCCGCGGGAAGGGUGAGGAGCCCGGGCUUUGGCGGCCAGCAGGGGCCGGGCGUCGGGUCCCCCAGGGUGGGGGAUGAAUUCUUGCUGGCGGGGGGUCAGGAUGUGCUUGGGCUGGGGGUGGUGUACAGGGGCGCAAACCCGGGGCGCCGGUUUGGCUCCCCUUCGGUGGCAACGCACGAGAUGGAGGGUUCGUUGCCAGGAGAGCAGCGCAGUGUGCCCAUGAAGGCGUCAGGAACAUAUCCCCUCCCUCAACCCGAGGGCAUUGACCAUGAAGCCAACAAGCUGUAUAGGAGCCUCAGCACAUCGAGGGCCAUGAGCCCGAAGUAG